UUGUGGGAUGACAGACGGGUUUGUCAACAUCGCGAUAUAAUGAGGGCGUUAUACCGAGGCAUUGCGCUUCCUAAACCCCGACCAGUCAACAGAAUGAUACGAGCGUCUUCCGAGAACAACAGGCACACACAUUCUACGAGGAAAUAGCGGGACAGUGUGUAGCAUACAUUGAUGCGCAGUGAUAUAUUCCUACCGAGGUGUGCUCGGAUAUAACUACUCCACUCAAUAUUUACCACACAUUAGUCGGAUCCGGUCGGGAACUUGUAAACAAGUAAAGUCGAGGUGACCGUGUUUUAACGCUACACUUGUACUGAAAGUUUCUGAAUCUGUGGGUGAGACAUUAACUGAAAAAUGGAAUACUCAGUGAAAUGGAUAACAUGGAGCUUCGUAAUCGCAGCUUCUGUGUCUACAAUAUCCUGUUUCCAAGGUUACGAUACGGUAAAUGAUUGCAACAUCACUCUACAAGCAGGCACAACUCCCCGACUUCUGUUUAAUCCGGGCAUGAGCAGUUCAGGAAACUCUCACUGCUGGUGGCGGAUAGAGUCGACGGACCCUGGCAACCGCGUCGUCCUUGACACCUUGGCUCUAAGGGUGAAAAACGCAAGUGAAUGCGAAGUGGCAAAAGUCAGAGUAUUUAACGGACCCACACUGACAACACCUGUGCGGAGCUGGUGUGGAGAUGGUGAGAAAAGACUACUCUACACGGAAAAUGGCGCUUUUUACAUGGCUGCUGACCCUACGUACUACAAAAUAUUUCUCUUCAAAUUUUACCAAGAAAAAGAACAAUCCGAGAGUAUCCAGCUUAUUGCUACUUCCGCAGAAUCAGUGCUUGAGUCUCCUGGUUUUCCAAACUUCUACUACAAUGAUACUGACAGAAAGUAUGUGAUUUCAACCGAGAAUCAAGAUGACUACAUCGUACUGGAGACAGAAUCAUUCAGUCUGGUCCAUAAUGGCUCCAACCAGGUCAAUGAUUUUCUGUCGGUAACACAAGGCGACUUGUCUCUCGGGAGAUAUUUCGGCAAGAAAGGCCCCGUCAUCCAGACAACAAAUAACAAUGUGACUCUCCAUUUCAAGACAGGACGAAAAAGUUCAUUCAACCGAGCGGUUGGCUUCAGAUUUCGAUACAGGGCAGUCAAAGGCGAAAAUACGGCACCGGUAAUAGGUACAACUGACCCUUUUGCGGGGGUGGCCUACAAGUACCUCCAUGUACAGGAUGCAAUAGAGCUUUCUCCCAACCAAAGCAUGGACUUCAUUUGGACAGUGCGAAAACCAAGAACGGGCUCAGAGUAUAUGAUCCGAUUAACUGUUUUCUACCCAGAGACAGAGAAAUUCUGCAGCGGAGAUUUACUGGAGGUGUUUGAUGGUCAACGUGAUGAAUCGACACGCAUUCCAAAUCAGCACUGUUCAGUUCGUGGACCAGAGUUUGAGGGAAAUGAGCCAAAUAUGACGAUUUAUCUCCGAUAUGACGGAUCGUUCAAUCCGAAAGAUGUAAGAAUUCGGUACUUUAUAACAAAAGAACCCUACCCUUGUGGAAGAAACUUCACAGCUGAUGACACAUUUCAGUCAAUCCUGUCGCUGGGUUAUUACACACAAGACUAUGACGCGAAUCUAGACUGCGUGUAUCAUAUAGAAGCUCCUGAAAACCAUCGAGUACUGGUUACAGACAAUGACGGGUCUAUGGGACUUGAACACUCGUUGUUCUGUCGCAAAGAUUAUGUCCUUAUUGCUGAUGGUCCAGACGCUAACAGCAGCGUUGUGAGCAAAGUCUGUGGCAACGACUUCAUCGUAUACAGCAGCACUGGCCGUUUCCUAACCAUCGUCUUCCACUCAGAUGAGAGUGUUGCUGGAGGAGGUUUCAGGUGGAACCUCAGAGCCGUCAAGCCUAACGAAACAUGUCCGAAACAGUAUCUGAAUGCCCUGGACACAAAUCUGACCAUCACAUCGCCACUGUAUCCACAGACCUACCCAGCAAACACUGACUGUGUAUGGGAUCUGAUCGCCCCCCAAGGCUAUGUCGUCUUUGUGGAGGUGGAGGAGUCGUCAAUGGAGACGUCGACUGAUUGCACAAAGGAUUAUGUAGAGGCUGUUGAUGGUCCCAGCAUAAAUAACGAAGUAAAUUCAAGAAUUAUCCGAUGGUGUGGAGUUGAACACCCUUCCUUCCAAAGUUCUGGAAUAUUUAUGACACUUGUCUUCCAUAGUGAUGAUGUCACUUCCGGAUCUGGAUUUAAACUUUCAUACUCAGCUCGUCCCAAACUAGUAAAACCUCUGCCCGAGACCUCCAGUGAUUACAUCGUUGGACUAGUUGUCGGCAUAGUGGUUGGCGUGCUUGUAUUAGCUGCCAUUAUCGCGGCUGGUAUUGUAGUCUACAGGAGAAGGAGGUCUAGAAACAUGAAUGUGUCAUGAACUCACGGGUUCUAGUCAUAGAAGUGGAGAAUGAGGGCAAUGGCGGUAGUUCUUCGGAAGAUCCAAGGCAUUCCAGUUUAUCAGACGUCUUCAUACUGUGCCAUAUGGGAGGGCAAUCCACCCACCCAAUUCCACAAUUCCCGUAUAUUUACGCAUUAAUAACGAUACUUGUCAAUUACCGCAUGAUGUUUGACAGGCACCUCGAUCCAUAAUUAUAUUUUGUUAAAGCUUUCUAUUCUCGUAUUAAUAACGAUACUUGUCAAUUACCGCAUGAUGUUUGACAGGCACCUCGAUCCAUAACUAUAUUUUGUUGACACUUUCUAUUCUCGUAUUAAUGACGAUACUAGUCAAUUACAGCAUAAUGUUUGACAGGCACCACAUUUGAUAAUUCUCUGCGGUUGACGUUCUAUAUUUUCAUAAUAAUUACGAUACUAGUCAGUUAAGGCAUAAUGUUUGACAGGCACCACAUUUGAUAGUUUUCUGCGGUUGACGUUCUAUAUUUGCAUAAUAAUUACGAUACUAGUCAGUUAAGGCAUAAUGUUUGACAGGCACCACAUUUGAUAGUUUUCUGCGGUUGGCGUUCUAUAUUCACAUAAUAAUUACGAUACUAGUCAAUUACCGCAUAAUGUUUGACAGGCACCUCAUUUGAUAAUUCACUUUCGCUAACGCUUUAUAUCUUCAUAUUAAUUACGAUACUUGUUAGUUGCACAAGUUUGACAGGCACUUUAUUACUGUAUAAAUCAGCCGCUUCCGAGUAUUCCAUGUCGUUAAGUACGGGGUCAAACAAUGGUAUCGAAGCUAUCGAGGGGUGUUUACAGAUAUAGAAGAAAGGAAGGUGUCAUGCUGAAGAAGCAUAAAAACACUUUGACAAGGUGCCAUUAUAUAGAAAACAAGUUUCUUUCAGAUUCAGAGCAUAAACAAACUGAACACUUCACAAUGUAAUUCUGGAAACCCAAAUAGUCUAGACACUCUCCGCACUGUGGCCUAUUUCUGAAAAAGGAUUUGACAAAAUUCAACACGAAUAUAUAUUCUAAGGAUGGAAAAAUCAACAAAAUCUUUUUCGAAAACUCGAUUAUUCACGAUUGCUUAAAUUCAUGUUUUGGAGGUUGUAAAUGCAUGAAAGUAUGUUUAUAAGUAUCAUGAGUGAGUGAGUAAGUUUAGUUGAACGCCGCACUCAGCAAUA